AUGUUGGCCAGACUGCUUUUCUGUCUCCUAAUUUCUCACCCAUUUUUUCUGCUGCAUGCCAGCGCCCCUAAUUCCACGAAAAGCCCUGCUGCCACAGCCAGCCCUGCACCCCGCCCGCCCCCUCCUCUGCGUGACCCCAGCUGGGCCCUGGGUCUGCGCCUGUACCGGGCCGUCCGUUCUGACUCAGGCCCGGUGAACACCCUCUUCUCCCCUCUUCUCUGUGCCUCCUCUCUCGGAGCCCUGGGCGAAGGCUCUGAGGGUAAGACUGCCGCCCAGAUCCAGGAGCUCCUCAAGCUGCCAUCGCCCUCCAAAGACGGAGUGCAUGUAGGCCAGCUUCUUUCGGGGGCGCUUAAGAGCUUCACCGAUGCUAAUGGGACCAGCUUUCAUUUGCACACCUCCUCAGCCGUGUUCACAAAGCAGCCUCCUGCAGUCAGCCCCACCUUUGCAAAAGAGAGCCAAAGCAGGUUCAGACUGCAGCACCGGACGCUGGGGAAAGGAGACUCAAAUGCUGACCUGAAGCAGCUCCGCGACUGGGCUAAGGCUGCCCUCAAUGGGCCGGAGGGGGCUCCUUUGGAGGCAGAAAUCCGGGCUAAAGCUGGAGCCCUGAUCCUGGGAAAUGCUCUCCACUUUAAAGGACUAUGGGAGAGAGCUUUCAGCGAGGAGAGCCAGGAUCGCCGCAUCUUCUUGGGAAGGAAAUAUACCAAAGUGGUGAUGAUGCACAGAGCAGGCUUGUACCGUUUCUACGAGGACGUUGACAACAUGGUGCAAGUUCUGGAGGCACCUCUGAGGGGAGGUAGAGCCAGCGUUGUGCUCCUGCUGCCCUUUCAUGUUGAAAGUCUGGCCAGGCUGGAGAAGCUGCUGACCCUGGAGCUGCUGUCAGAGUGGCUGGAGAAGACUAGUCGUACAAGCGUGGCCGUCUCGAUGCCUAAGGCAAACAUCACGAGCACGCUUAGUCUGCAGUUUCCAUCUCUUGCAGUGUUUUCCUCUAAAGGUCCCAUGGUGUCAGGGUCUGUAGCCAGAGAUGGAGAGCCCACUUAA